CUCUCGGACCGCCGUGCUCCCCUUCAAGAUGAACAACCUCAUGACGGAAUCGUUCGAAAGGGUGGUGGGUAGCUACCCAGGAGAGGGAGACAUCGGAUCAGGGAGGUAUUCUACUGAUACCAGAGAUAUGGGGAUGGAAGGUUUCUUCAAAGAGGUUGGAGAAAUAGAUAAGCAGAUCGAGAGAAUUACAGGAUUCUUCAAUAAGCUACAGGCUACCAAUGAAGAAUCCCAGCUUGUAACCAAGGCCUCGGAGAUGAAAGCAAUCAAACAGCGGAUGGAGAAGGACGUCGAAGAAGUCAAAAAGAUUGCUUUGAAGAUCAAAACGAUGUUAGAGCAACUCGACAAAAAUAACAUGAUCAACAGGCAGAAACCGGGAUGCGGCAAAGGGACCGCCGUCGACAGGUCUAGAAUGGGAAUGACUGUGGCUCUGAAGAAGAAGCUAAAAGAGAGAAUGACACAGUUUCAGACUCUGAGGCAGAAUAUCCACGAGGAGUACCGUGAGGUGGUGGAAAGGAGAGUCUUCACAGUGACCGGAACAAGACCGGACGAGGAAAUGGUCGAUCAACUGAUAGAAACUGGGAACAGCGAGCUGAUCUUUGAGAAGGCGAUCCAAGGUCAAGGUCGAGGACAGGUACGCCACACGCACGCAUGCUUCGAUGUGUUCGACGAAUUGCACUGCUCUUUAUCUUCUCUUCUGCAGGUUGUGGACACAUUGGCGGAGAUACAAGAACGGCGCGACACCAUGCUGGAGUUGGAGAAGAAGCUUCUUGAUCUACAGCAGAUGUUCUUGGACAUGUCGGUGCUGGUGGACGCCCAGGGAGACAUGCUGGAUGACAUCGAGGCUCAGGUUUGCUGCAUCUCAACGCUUCUGCGAGCUUAGAGUUUCCUCCUUUUACCCGAGUUGGUGCUCUCAGGUCACCAAAUCCGUAGACCACAUCGAGAAUGCCACCGCCACACUCCAAGCAGCGAAGAAGACGCAGAAGAACACGAGGAAGUACAUGUGCAUCGCCAUCGUCAUCCUGCUCGUCGUCAUCGUC